AUGGCUCAACAGAAGCAGCAAAGCUACGACUGGACGCUACUACCCGUGACGCAGAAGUCGUCAGCGAAGAGAAAGCAGCACAUCAAGCGGCCGAUGAACGCGUUCAUGGUGUGGGCGCAGGCGGCGAGGCGCAAGCUCGCCGACCAGUACCCGCAGCUGCACAACGCCGAGCUGAGCAAGACGCUGGGGAAGCUCUGGAGGAUUCUGAGUGAGGAGGAGAAACAGCCCUUCAUCGAGGAGGCAGAGAGGCUCCGAAACGCCCACAAGAAGGACCACCCCGAGUACAAGUACCAGCCGCGCCGCCGCAAGCCGCCCAAGACGUCGGCUGCGAUGGGGGUGGGCGUGGGCGUGGCGGCCGUGUCCCCAGGCAGUGACGCCGAUCUACCCUCCACCUCCGGCGUCAGCUCCACCUCUCCGGACAUCGGACGCUGCCACAGGUACGCAGUGUCUGCAUCUUGA